AUGAUGGCUGGCGAGCAUAUCAAGGUUAUCUAUUUUGACGGACGCGGACGUGCUGAAUCGAUUCGGAUGACUCUUGUGGCAGCUGGUGUAGACUACGAAGAUGAGAGAAUUAAUUUCCAAGAUUGGCCGAAAGUCAAACCAACUAUUCCAGGCGGACGAUUGCCUGCAGUGAAAAUCACUGAUAAUCAUGGGCACGUGAAAUGGAUGUUAGAGAGUUUGGCUAUUGCACGGUAUAUGGCGAAGAAACAUCAUAUGAUGGGUGAAACAGACGAGGAAUACUAUAGUGUUGAAAAGUUGAUUGGUCAGGCUGAAGAUCUUGAACAUGAAUAUCACAAAACUUUGAUGAAGCCACAAGAAGAGAAAGAGAAGAUAACCAAAGAGAUAUUGAACGGCAAAGUUCCAGUUCUUCUCAAUCUGAUCUGCGAAUCUCUGAAAGCGUCGACAGGCAAGCUGGCUGUUGGGGACAAAGUGACUCUAGCUGAUUUAGUUCUGAUUGCUGUCAUUGAUCAUGUGACUGAUCUGGAUAAAGGAUUUCUAACUGGCAAGUAUCCUGAGAUCCAUAAACAUCGAGAAAAUCUGUUAACCAGUUCACCGCGUCUGGCGAAAUAUUUAUCGAACAGGCCUGCAACUCCCUUCUAA